AUGGGCCAGAACGCGAGCUUCUGCUACAACGUCACCCGCGGGAAGGUCAUCACCAUUGAGUGCGACUAUCCGUGGACCUACACCAUGGAGGACUUGCUCUACCGAUGUGGGAUACAAAAAAUAAUUUUAAAAAUGGAACUUUUUAUAGCGAUCAAAUAUAAAUGAAAAAAUCUUUCAGCACCACUGGGCGCCUUCUUCGAACUUGUCGAAUGUCUGCUCCUUGGAGCCAUGUGGUUCUGCAACAUCUUCAUUCGACGCGACUUCGCCGAGGCAUUUCUAUCAAGUGUCGCCGUUCCACUAUCUCUUUCUACUGUCCUGAAACUCGCCUGCUUCGCUUGGAACAUUCUGUUCCCUAGAGAUGAGCUCAGGUUCGAGAUUUUGCACCGUGCUACGACAAGAGCGAGUUUUCCGUUUGCGGGGAGUACUGUAUGCAGGAAUGCGCAUUGAGUGCAUACACUUUGCGUGUUUACACUUUCGUUGCGUGACGUCACCGGGUAGGACAUCUCCGGGAUUUUUGUUUCCGAGCUUUUUUUUCGAAUAUUUGUCAAAUUUUUGGUUUUUUUUUUCAAGAUUAAAAUUUUUCUCGAGGAUAUUUGCACGAUAAAAAACAGUAUCAAGAAAAAAAAUUGAAAAAAAAUCGAAAAAAAAAACUCGGAAACAAAAAACCCGGAGAUGUCCUACCCGAUGACGUCACGCAACGAAAGUGUAUGCACGCAAUGCGCAUAUCCGCAUACAGUACUCCUCGCAAAUGGAAAACUCGCUCUUGUCGUGGCACCUUUUGCACAUCUGAACUACAGAAGCGCUUCUGAAUUGUACAAGUUCGAAAAUGGUCAAAAUCAAAGGAAAUUCCUGAUCUUCAAAUUUUCAAACUUUCAGUGUCAUUUUAGACAUCCAAGACCCUACCUCAACUCAUUUAAUUCAAAAAAGCCUUUUUUAGCCCCUUUUGGUGCCUCAACUCAUUUAGUUCACAAAAAAGGUGCUUGAAUAAUUAAAAGUCUCAGAAAUUCACAUUUCUCAACAACCUGCUCCUUGGCUAACUUGAAAACUUUUCCAGAGGCUGGAUUAUCAACAUACUGUACUCGGUAACGGUAACCAGCGCUCAGCUCACACUGAUGCAAGGACUUCCUGCCUACCUUUACAUGUCGAUGAAGAUGGCGACGAGCCGGAAGCAAGAUUAUGGGAUAACUACUUGGUGAGACCCUCGAAAAAAAUUUAAAAAUUCCUGCAUUUCAGGCUACCCUACGCGUUCUUCAUGUUGUUGAGCUUUCCGCUUUCCGGCGUAGUUUAUUUAAUGGCCGAGCCGAUUUAUUCAAAAGUUGCUCUGAUAGCAAUAAUCGCCAUAUAUUUGGUUUCCGCGGUCGUCAUUCUUAUCAUGCUUGGUUUGGUAAGGAUUUUCUGACAUCAAAGGUUCGAAAAAGGCCGCAAAAAGGCAGCAAAAAGAGUUCCUCUAUCGAGCCUUCUACUUUUCUGGGAUUUUGAAGGCUCAAGAAAUGGUGAAGACAGAAAAAAUGUUGUAUAAGAGCCGAUGAAAUGGCGCAAAAAGACAGCAAAAAGGUAUAUAAAGGCCGAUAAAAUGGAGCAAAAAGGCAGCAAAGUAGGAGCCUUUAUCACCCUAAAGGGAACAUUUAUGAAGCCUUUUUUCACCCUUUCCACCUUUUCCUAUGUCUCUUCCCUACUUCCCAAAAAAAUAUUAUACAUUUCAACAGUGCCUCGCGGCGUUUAUAUGCUUCUCUGGCUCGAACCGAGAAAUGGACAUGUUGGACCCGGUGGUGUACGACGGAAGGUCCCGACUCGGUUGGGCUGUUCUCUACGCGCUUCUCAUCCCGAUCUCUGCUGCUGGAUCUAUUUGUGAGGAUUUCGGAAAGUUCAAAAUACAGAUUAAAAAGGAGGAAAGUUCAAAAAAAAUCAAAGUGUUUUUUGAAAAAGAAAGUAUAGCCUGUGUACCACAACUUGGAGUUUUCCCAAACGACAUUCCGCUGCGCCGCUGCGCGCCUUUGCGAACCUUGGUCGCGUUUUUAAUUUUUUUUUUUUUCUUUCAUUAAUGUACUAUACUUUCAUGGGCUCCCACAGCAAUAACAAACAAUUGAAAGCGUGACCUAGAUUCGAAAGACGCAUCGCGAACGCACGCAGCGGAACAGCGGAAUGUCGUUCCGUGAAAUUUCAAGUCGUGGCAGACAGGCACUAUAUCAACAAUUAUUCCUCAAUCAAAAAGCGCAAAAUCCCCUUCAAAUCCUCUUAAAUUUCAGUCUGCCUAGUCUCCCUGGCCUAUUUCAUCAACGACACCUCCGACUACGAAGUUUUGUCCAAUGAAAUGGCCACCCGAGUCUGGAGCUUCUUUUUCGGGCCAAUUUUUCUACUUCUGACUUUCCUCAUUCUACCAUCCUAUCGUGAUGUUCUCUUGUGCGGUUGCAAGUUUCGGAAGUUCACGAAAAAGGUUUGAGAUAGGAAAACUGAGAAAAAAGUAUGCUGAUCUCAAAACCAUCUUAUGGAACUCCAGAGUGGUCCCUAUAAGGGCAAACUUAGGGGUCCUUGGAGGGUCCCCUUUAGGAGACACUCUACCAACGCUUAUAGGGCCCACUAAAGCUUGCAAAAGUGGUCCCUUUAGGGACACGCUAGUCGAUAAUUGUUAUGAACCUUAAGCGAAAAAUCAUGUGGCUGGUCUCAAAAAAACCUGGCCCUCUUUUAAAUCGAAACUUCCAGGUGACAAUCGCCGAACUGGCCGCACCUCACAAUCCCCAAGUAUUCUCAACUUCAAACAGCGCGUCUCCAAUACAACCCAUCCAUGUGAUUCUUUAUACCUCCUUAGUUGAAAGAUUCAAAAUUUCAGAAACCGCCGCUGACGCCAAUCUAUUGAUCGUCCGAUGACGUCGUUAUUUAUUUUUUUUUUACUUUUUGGUUUUCUUCGAAACUAAUAAAGUUGUGAAAUGUGUGGGCUUGUCUAUUGAUUGGAUGACAUGUGAGCUAAGAGAACUAAUUAGGGAGAGAGCAGACAAUUUUCUGAUUUCAAUAUACUUCCUCACUAACGAUUCUCAAAAUAUAAUAUUUUCAAAAUCAUCUUGGGUACUGAGAACUUCCUUGAGGAAAAAAAGUGAUGUGCACGUGAGCUUUUGCUUUCUUGCCGAGCAUUUUCAUAGAAUUUAACUUUAUAUGACAGCCUAUUACUAGCCCUUUUAAAAUAACUAGAGGCCGUUUAGAUGGAUUCCUAGUUUUACUAUUCAAAAAUUCCCGAAAAUGAGUUCUUCUGGAACACAGUGUAAGUUUGCAGAAUUUUAAUGAUUCCCUAAAAUUUUUUCAGGUCAUUCCACAACUAACAAGAAUGAAAGUACGAUCGACGAUCUCCUUAAGCCUUAUAUGAAUUAUAUGAAGAAAAAGAAAACCCCUAAACCGGUAAGUGCUUUCAAACACUAAUGAAAAACACUUAGGAAUUUUAAAGGAGUUUAGGGAUCAAACUCUUCAGCCCCUAAAGCUUAAGUGGUCCCUAUAGGGGUCUUUAAAUUUUUAUUCAAAAACCUCAUUUAUUUAGUUUUUCGCAUGGAAAGGCUUCUUCGCAUAGAGAUCAUAAAAAUUAUCGAUUAGCAUGUCACCUAAAGAGGCCACUUUUGCAGUCCUUAGUGACCCUUAUAGGGCACAGUGUUCCGAAAGAGACGGCGGCAAGCCAAAAAAAGGUCGUCGCAAUGGGGCGAAAAAGCGAGUUUUUUCUAACGCAACGCGGUGCGGCGCGUGUCACCCCCACAAAAUUUCAUUCACUUUUUAUACUGUUUUUUCUCUUUUUCUUGCGUAUUUUACCAUUAUUUUGUAUUUUUUUCACAUUGUAUGUGUUUUAAAACGUGUUUAUCGCGUUUUCCAGAGAUUUGAAGUGAUUUUCGAUUGUUCCCGUCACAGAAAUUCGCAUUAAAAUGACAUUUUUAUGACAACUUAUUUCGCAUAAGAUAGUUCGUUUGUUUUUUUGUUUUAGAGUUUUCAAAUGGACUUUCUUAAGAGAAACGCUGUAAGAUUUUUCUCAAAAUUUUUUUUUCGAGGCAGUAUUCGACGAAUUUAUUCUUGAAAAUGUCAUUUUGGGUGACAACUUUAUUCGCACAAGCUAUUAUGUAUCUGUUUUUUUGUUUUUAAAACGUUCAAAUGGUAUUUCUUAAGAGAAGUGCUUUGAGCUUUUUUUCUCAAUUUUUCCCUUUGGAAGUUCGAUUUGACGAGUUUUUCCUAAAAAAACGACAUUUUUGGGAGAUAUUUUUGUUUUUGCAAAAAAACUUUUUUUCGUCUUUUUUUCUUCAUUUAAACUUGUUCGUUAUAAUUAUAUACACAUUGAAAAUCUUUGAAAACUUGCGAGAACCUAGGAAAAACAUUAUUUAACGGUCUUUUUCCAACCAAUAAAUCCACAAAACUUGACUCUCAUCCCCGCGCCCCUAUUGCAAUAAACCGUGCCGCUGUUGCAGUCAGCCACGCCUACUGACCACAGCUGCCGCUCGUUUGGGAACACUGUGAGAGGUUGGUAUAGCUGAUUCACGGUUAGCUUGGGACGCUAAGGGGCGUGGUCUCUCUGCACUCUCCACGAUCCAGGCACUGUCUCGUGCAUUAUCGUGUCAGGACCCUUUUUUCGAUGGCUCAACCGUGAAUCAGCUAUAUGCCGUGUUCAAAGUAAUUUCCGCGAAAUGCGAAAUGGUCUCUGACCCUCCAAAAUUCAGUUAUCUUUCUCUUUCUCUGACGGCUAUUUUGAAUUUCGCGGAAUCACUUUGAACACGGCAAUAAAGUGAUUCCUAGAGGGGAGCCUGAAAAAAUCCAAUUAAAAAUUAUUGAAAAUUUUCAGAUUAUAAACGACACUCCGCAGAAGAAGAGAAAUCGCGAAGCAGCCAAGAAAUAUCGUGAUAAGAAGGACAACUUGAUCUCUCAACUCCGAGAGGUUGAGAAUUUCGAGUUCAAUUCGAAAAAUGAAAAAAACUACAGCAAAAUGAAACGCUGAUGGCUUUGCUCAAACAGAAAGAGGGCGAAAUCCAACAAUUACGAGAAGAAGUUUGUUUUUUCUUGACUAAAUAAGUCAAUCAAGUUCGUUAAACCUUUCCAAAAAUGUGUCUUGAAAAUCUCAUUUCAGAAGGAAUUCCAGUGGUGUCAAUGCCUGAUGACUCAAUCCCGAGUGGUUCAAAUGUCCGGAAAUAACACGACUGAUCCCAUCGCCAACCUUCCGCUGGAAUCUUUCGGGGUGGGGCCGUCGGAAGAGGCUAACCCCUCGGAGCAACACUAUUGA